CCGGAGUUUGCCUGAUACAUUUUCCUCAAGAGCCGAUCCCCCUCAAGACUGAAUUUUUCCAUCUCCACCCCUGUAGAUCCAGGCAGGAUCCUUCAGUUUGCUUGAAAUUGCCAUGCCUGGAGCUAUUUCUCUGGAGUUACAGGAGAAGGGAGGCCCCUCAUCUACUGGUUUCCCCGGAGUGCCAGGUGGCAGCACCACCUCUCAGCCCCACCUCCUACCCGAAGGGGGCCCCAAAUCCCCUCUGAAAAGGAUGGAAUCACUACUAGGAGUGAAAAUUGGCUGCCUCUUUGCCCUGCUGGUUCUCACCCUGGUCUGUGGCCUUAUUCCCAUCUGCUUCAAGUGGUUCCAGAUUGAUGCCGCCACAGGUCGUCACCGCCGGGUCCUUAGCCUCCUGGGCUGCACCUCUGCUGGUGUUUUCCUGGGAGCAGGGCUCAUGCACAUGACCGCUGAAGCCCUGGAGGGAAUUGACUCAGAGAUCCAGAAGUUUAAGAUGCAGAACAGGACAGAAAGGGAGGGAAAUGCUUCUGAUGAUGCUGAUUCAGCUCAGGUGGAGUAUCCCUACGGAGAGCUUAUCGUCUCCCUGGGCUUCUUCUUUAUCUUCUUCUUGGAGUCGCUGGCAUCGCAGUGCUGUCCUCAGGCCGCUGGAGGAAGCAUGGUGCAGGAAGAGUGGGGCGGGACUCAUGUCCUGGAACUCCACAGCCACGGACCCCCACCCUCACCCUCAAAGGGCCCCCUCCGGGCCCUCGUCCUCUUGCUGUCACUCUCCUUUCACUCAGUGUUUGAAGGGCUAGCCGUGGGGCUGCAGCCAACAGUAGCAACUACCGUGCAGCUCUGUCUCGCUGUCCUGGCUCACAAGGGGCUCAUAGUGUUUGGGGUAGGACUGCGGCUGGUGCAGAUAGGCACUGGCUCACGAUGGGCCACGUUGUCCAUACUGUCAUUAGCUCUCAUGUCCCCCAUGGGCCUGGUCCUGGGGCUGGCUGUGACCCAAGGGGACUCCAAAGGGGGGCAGGGCCUAGCCCAGGUGGUGUUAGAAGGUGUGGCAGCCGGCACCUUUCUGUAUGUCACCUUCCUGGAAAUUCUGCCCCGGGAGCUAGCUGGCCCUGAGGCCCCUCUGGCCAAGUGGGGCUGCGUAGCCGCUGGUUUUGCCUUCAUGGCCUUUAUUGCCUUGUGGGCCUAAGAGAUUGCUGGUUUUUCUGAUGGACCUAUCUAGGAUGGCCUUCCUGCCCUCGGGAGACACUUCCCCAAAUGGCUUUGGCCCUCCACUGAGACUAAGCGACAUUCACUAGGCAUCAUCCUCAUGAACUGGACUACAGCUUUCUCCUACGUGAGAAUCCAUUUCUCCUCCAGGACUGAGAAAAGGACGUUUAGGUUGAGUGCCUAUAAAUUGGAGAAUUGUUAUGAAGACCAUCACUCUAGAUUUGACUCUUGUCUCAUUUAUGCUACUGUGUAUAAUAAAAUGUCCAUUUUAC